AUGCCUGAGUCUGUCGAAAGACGCCGAGAACGGGCCCGCGUCGCGCAGAGGAGGUCGCGGGCGCAGCGCAAAGCGACAUUGGAGACGCUGCAGGCGAGAGUGCAGGUCCUGACCAAAGCAUUGGAGGAUAUGACAGAGCAUUGCCUGGGUUUUAGCGAUGUGGUGAUUUCGGCUGUGCGGAAGGAUAAUUUCGACUUCUUGCGGCAUAAUGCCCAGCCAUUUAUGAAGAAGAUUCUGAGCAUUGCGAGUACGGUUCUGGAUGAGGACUCUGACGAGGAAGGGGCCGACCGGACAGGAGAUAUCGACAAUGGUGAAAAUAUGAAGGAAUCGACUUCUCAGCGGUAUGGGAUCGCAACACCGCCGGAUGAGCAAGUUCAGGAUUUGACAGCGGCAGAUGCUACUACGCCGACGCAGCUUGACUUUCUGCCGCAGCAGUCAAUAUCGCCUCAACACGACCUUGUAACGGCAGAGGUGGCAAGUCGACGGCCUGUCAGUCCAUGCUUAGGCUAUGGGAUGUGGCCGAGCAUGACCACGCUGCAACUCGACGAAGACAUGCCGCCAUUGGACCUCGCCAAAUAUACCGACAUUCAAGGCGUCGAAGUAUCAUUCUCGACCGCAUUGUUCUGGAACAGCAUUAGCUUGGCACAUGCAGUGCUUCUCGAACCGUCAACGGAUCUGGUCAAGAAAUUCUUCUGCUACGCAAUGCGAUCCGAACCAUUGGACCUCAUCCUCUCACGGAUACAUCGCAGGAUUGCAUUCAAGCCGGCACAAAUGUCGAUGUACAUGGUGGACGAGAUCCAGUCUCGCCAGGAGCAAAUCACGCAUGAUCUGAGCUCUGUCUUGAGAGAUCCUUCAACGAUCGGAGGCACAAUCUACGAAGCCAAUAUGAUGGACCAACAUCAUCGAAUGAUCGUCGACAACAUGAAUCACGAAAACGAUGACAUCCAAUCGUACAUCGACGCUGCUGGGGUGGAGAAACGGCUGGCUUCAUACUGGGGCAUGUCUUCUGUUUCGUCGCUGUCGCCUGCUCCAGCGUGGGUCACCCAACCCGGCAAGGGUAAUUCUGACUUUCCCACUCCGCCAUCUACACCGUGGUAUCACAGCUUCAUCUCGCAACUUUCAUUGAGCAGUCGGUGCAUCGGCAACGGGAUCGGCUUCCCGAUCAAUGUCGUCGACGAUCUGGCUUUGCAGCUCCGCAAUGCUUCGAUCGUAGCUUGA